UUUUUCUUCGUUCUCGACGACUUUUAAUCAUUAAAAAUAGUUUUAUUUUAUUCCAAACGACUUUUAAUUACUAAAAAUAUUUUUACAAUAUGAAAGGAGCACCACCAAGAUAUGCUCAUUCACAGAUUGAACUUAAAAUUUCUUGCGAAAAAUUAUCGGAUUUGGAUUAUCUUUCUAAAAGUGAUCCACAAGUUAUAUUAUUAGCUAAAGAUAUUCGUACUCAAAAAUGGAGACCAACAAACCAACAAACUGAAAUUAUUAUGAAUGAUUUAAAUCCAAAAUUCGUAACAUCUUUUAUCGUUGAUUAUUUCUUUGAAGAGUUACAACAAUUCAGAUUUAUUUGUGUAGACGUUGAUAAACCACAUAAUCCUGAGUGGCAGGCUCAAGAAUUUGUCGGCCAAUUUGAUUGUGAUCUCGGUUCUAUAGUCGGUUCUCCAGGCGGUACGUUGAAAGGAACAUUUUACGAUCCAAACCAUCCAGGUAAAGACCGAGGACACAUAAUUAUAGAAGCUGAAGAGGUUAGCAAGUCAAAAAGAAACGUAAAAUUACAAUUUCAAGCUCAUAAUAUAUCUCCAAAAGGUGGUUUGUUUAAAUCAAAGCCAGAAAUAUUUUUAGUUAUUAGUAGAACAAACGAAAACGAAAUUAGCACAUCUUCUCCGGUAUAUCAAAGCUCUGGAGUUACUACAAGCAAUCCAUAUUGGGAACCAUUUACUAUUAGAGAGACGACAUUAUGCAACGGGGAUUUUGAUCGAAUAUUGAUAUUUCAAGUGAAACAAUACAAAAAGAACGGAUCACAUAUAAUUCUUGGAGAAUGUAGCGUAACCCUUCAUGAAAUUUUAUCAUCGAAAACGAGCUUUCCAUUACGUUCACCUUCUAAUUCAAAUGUGAAGAUUGGAAAAGAUGCAUGUAUAACUGUUAUUCAUGCAUCAGUUGAAGAGCCACCAACAUUUUUAGAUUACAUUGCCGGCGGUACAGAGAUUAACCUUGUGGUCGCAAUUGAUUUUACGGGAUCAAAUGGAGAUCCUAGAUCUCCAAAAAGUUUACAUUAUAUUAAGGGAACAAAUGAUAAUGAAUAUCAAAAAGCCAUUCGCAGUGUUGGACAAAUAUUGGAGGGAUAUGAUUAUGAUCGAAGGUUUCCGGUAUAUGGAUUUGGCGCAAAAUUCAAUAAGGAAUUAUCUCACGCCUAUCCACUGAAUAAUAAUAGAGAUGAUCCUGAAGUAGAAGGAGUUGAUGGAAUAUUGAAAGCCUAUUCAAAAGCCAUGGAAACUAUUGAGUUAUUUGGACCGACUAACUUUUCACCUAUUAUAGAUCAAACAGCCGCUAAAAUUAAAAGGGAGAUCGAUAAUGGAAAUGACAAUGUUUAUUAUAUAUUGUUAAUAAUUACAGAUGGUGUGGUAACUGUUAUGGAGCCAACAAUUAGAGCAAUUAUAAGUGCCAGUAAACUUCCAUUGUCCAUUGUUAUUGUCGGAGUUGGCAAUUCAGAUUUUACUAAUAUGAAGAUACUUGAUGCUGACGAAAAACCAUUGGUGCAAAAAUCAAUCCCUCAAGCAAGGAAACCAGCAGUAGUAAUGGAUAGAGAUAUAGUACAAUUUGUAGCAAUGAGAGAUUUUCAGUCAGAAGCAGCAUCAUAUGAGUUACCGAAAGCAGUAUUAGAAGAAAUUCCUGAUCAAUUUAUGGAAUAUAUGACGAAACAUAAAAUAGAACCAAGACCUCCAGUUAGGAUAGAUGUAUCAGACUUAAAAGUUAAUCAUAGAUUUAUCAAUACUCCUGAUGAACCUCCACCGGCUUAUACAUGAAAAAAAAGCAAAUUUUUGCUCCGAUCAACUUGGAAAUUUAUUAAUAAAUACGUAAAUCUCUCAAACUUUCCGUAAACGUUAUUUGUAAAAUAUUCUUAUUAUUAUAUUAUAAUUAUAAUUGUUAUUAUUUAUUAUUAUUAUUGGA